AUGCCCAAAAUCCUCUCCUAAGACGGGAAAAUACUCCCAUCCCUCCAGUGUUUGCUGCGUCGCGGUUGACGGCACCGGUCAGGAAGGAGGCCGAUCAGCUAGGACCUACUUUAGGGCUUUUCAGCAGAGGGGCCCAAGCCGAGGAAAAGGUAGGAUGGGGGCUGGAGCGAGCGCCGAGGAGAAACACUCCAAGGAGCUGGAGAAGAAGCUGAAACAGGAUGCCGACAUGGAUGCAAGAACCGUGAAGCUGCUGCUGCUGGGUGCUGGAGAAUCAGGCAAAAGCACUAUUGUCAAACAGAUGAAAAUUAUCCACAAAGACGGUUACUCACUUGAAGAGUGCCUGGAGUUCAUUGUCAUCAUCUACAGCAACACCCUGCAGUCCAUGAUGGCCAUUGUGAAAGCCAUGACCACGCUCAACAUGAACUUCGGCCACGCCGAUCAGCAGGACGAUGCCAGGAAGCUCAUGCAUCUCGCAGACACCAUCGAGGAAGGCUCCAUGCCGAAGGAGUUGGCGGACAUCAUUAUACGCCUGUGGAAUGACUCUGGCAUACAGGCGUGCUUCGACAGGGCCUCGGAGUACCAACUCAACGACUCCGCCGGAUACUACCUGAAUGACUUGGAGCGACUGGUCCAACCGGGCUACGUGCCCACCGAGCAGGAUGUGCUGCGGUCAAGAGUGAAGACCACCGGCAUCAUCGAGACCACCUUUUCCCUCAAGGAUCUUAAUUUCAGGAUGUUUGAUGUGGGCGGCCAGAGGUCAGAGAGGAAGAAGUGGAUCCAUUGUUUUGAAGGUGUGACGUGCAUCAUCUUCAUCGCCGCUUUGAGCGCCUACGACAUGGUGCUGGUGGAGGAUGAUGAAGUGAAUCGGAUGCACGAGAGUCUGCACUUGUUCAACAGUAUCUGCAACCACCGCUACUUUGCCGCCACCUCCAUCGUACUCUUCCUCAACAAGAAAGAUGUGUUUCUUGAGAAGAUCAAGAAGGCUCACCUCAGCAUGUGUUUCCCUGAAUAUGAUGGCCCCAACACGUACGAGGAUGCCGGUAACUACAUCAAAAUGCAGUUCUUGGACCUGAACCUGCGUCGAGACAUCAAAGAGGUCUACUCUCACAUGACCUGCGCCACGGACACAGAGAACGUCAAGUUCGUGUUUGACGCUGUGACCGACAUCAUCAUCAAAGAAAACCUGAAAGAUUGUGGUCUCUUUUGAACACCAAGGAAGAGUGGUGUUUAGGCCCUGGUCACAUUCCACAAAUCCCCCUCCCCCCACCCCCCCCAAUUUAAACUGAGUACCGAAGAUGAGACCUAUGGUCCCUCAAACCAGGGAACACAAAAGAAAAAUGUCAUAGCUACCAAUUUGUUUUGAACACGAGACUGCGGGUCACAUGGGACCAGAAGUCAGAGAAUCAGACCAGUUGUUUUUAGUCAGACUGACUUUUCUCAUGCACUCCUUUUGAGAAGUGCUCUGCGAUCCGUAGUAAGAGACGUCACAAGCUUCUGUCGGUACAAAAUGACUUCUUCUCACCUAAUUGAACAGAUGACUGAUGCGUUUCGGCUCAAUGAACUGGUCAGCACGCAGCCAAAAAGGAACCGAGGGGGGGGCCUCCCCACCCCGCAGACGCGCUUCAACCUAUUAGAGAUUUUGAAGGAAUUCAGUAGAAACGGUCCAGAUUAGUACAGAAACUCAGCAGUGGAAUUUGAGACACAAUUCAAACUGUUAAAAACACACUUUUGCAAUAGUUGAAAGGCGCCAGUGUAAAUAAUUAAACCGUUUUUUUUCUGUGGAACUGUAACCAUGUAAGAGCGGUAGAUGAACUUCAAUUGAACAAUCCUUUUCUUAAAAUAUUUGGAUCUACGGGUGUUUGAGCCGAUCAUUGUGUAAAGAAGAAAAUAUUUGUAGACCUUGAGCAAACCUAUUAAAGCUUCUGUAGAAAAUUGAGUACUUUUAACAUUUUUCACCAUUAAAAACAACACAGCAAUGUCUUGUUCAUGGUUUAUUAUUUAAUAUUUCAGGUUAUUUUUUAGUAUUAUGAAACCACAUGUUCAGAGGUAAACAGCCUUUCAUUUCAAACAGAUUGGAGGCAGAUUUUGACAUUUUGAGAAAUAAAACGUAUUUUCUCUGCCAACUAG